AUGAUCGUCUAUAGCUCGAGCCAACGACUAAUGGCGUCUCGCGACGCCUCCGAGGGCCUUUCGGCUCGUCCCUCUACCACACGCACCGUUUCUCACUCGCAUACUCCUAAAACAGCUGCUCUUAGCAGCGACGAUCGAUUAAAAGUCCCCAAACGAGCCCAUACUUUUGCAAACACUACUUCGGCGAAAGAAGGCACGGCAUCUCCCGAUGCCUUCGACACUGCUGAGCAUAGCGAUUCAGACGAUGGCAUUGAAACCACUCGGGCUUCCAUUGAGCUAGACAUCCUUCCCAUCGAACUUAUAACCUUGACGGAUAGCUUCAUCGAGUCUCUGAAUGCAAAGGUCCAUCCGACUCCUCCUAAUAUUGAGAGAUUAUCGCAGAAGUUCCAAGAGUUUUAUACGCAAGCCUCUGCUAACAUCAACACCCAUAUCAACGCCCUUGCCUCAAGACAAAGCCGCGACGUCUCUCCCGCACCAUCCGCCUCUUCAAUAUCCUCUGCCGCCAGUCGACUUCGAUCAAAGGCCAGUGCGCUUACCAGGACUGAAUCAGAGCAACAAAUGAUCACAUCAGAAGAGCUAGCAAGCCGUAAAAGAACAAGGAAGGCUCUUGAAGCCAAGAGGUCUCUGCUCGAAGAGGCUGUCGAGCGUAGACUGUGUGAAGGGAUCUACGACAAGAUUUACAGACACCGAAGCACGCAGGAUGAGGCCCAAGAUGACAAACUACGCUCCAAGACUGCCGCUUUGGCCUUGGUCGGUAUUGGGCCUGCUGACCUAGGCAUUGACCUCACCGGCGAGACAGAUGAAUUGGAGGAAAAAGCUGGCCCAACAGUGGAAGAUAUUAAAGAGAAGCUGGAGCCCGCCAGACGAGAUAUUGCCUUGAUGACACAGAAGCGAUAUCCACUGGGUAAGCUGAAUCAUCUCAAAGCUGCCCAUCGAAGCAUCGUCGACACCCUUGCUCAUUUUCAUCCCUCGGCAUCUGCUGAUGAGAUUAUGCCUAUGCUUAUCUACACUCUUAUAACUCUGCCGCCAGAGAACCUACAUGCCAUUAGCGACGUUCACUUUGUACAGUAUUUUCGAUGGGAGCCAAAGCUUACAGGCGAGGCUGCUUACUGUUUGACAAACCUUGAGGCUGCCAUCAGCUUUUUGCAGACAGUGGAUCUUGCAACACUCAGGGCGGACGAACAGCUUUCCGGUCCAGCAAAGAGCACAAGCCCAAGGACCGAAACUUUUCCUCCCGCUUACCAGCAAGGAGAAGCGCCCUCAUCAGCAAACGUGCCUGAAACAAGCAAGACUAAGGGCGAGGGGGCAAAAGUUUCAGCCCCUGAUGUCAAAGCAUCUGUGGCGUUGCGUAACCGUCGUCUGAGCGACCUUGUAAACGGGCCUGCGCAGGCCUUCGGGGCUGCCAGCGACGCGGUCUUUAACACGGCCGACCAGAGCUUGAAAAAUAUAUCGAACAGCUUGGGAGAUAGUUACAAAUUCCUCGUAGGGAAGUUAAGGGAACAUCAGGAUAGCCCUCGAGAGUCUAUCACAGUACCCAGGACUCUAGAUGAUGCCCGGAAACUUGUCAGCACGCCCUCCCCCGAUGAGGAGGACAGUAGCGGGCUCAACAGACUCCUUGCACCCGAUGACAAUGAUCUCUUGAAGCGCCCAGCCUCUCGCGAAGAACGAGUUCUGAAUCUGAUAGGAGGCCGCCGCGACCGCAGUGCUGAUAGUGCUCGAAGUGGUCGCAGUGCAAGCUCUUCAAAGAAAGUAUUGUUCGCUUCUGACGAACCCAAGGCACCCAGCCAGAUUCCGGGGCAGAACCCUGCCGUUCUGGACCAGAUGCGCAACUUGGGCAAUUCCUUUAAUCCUAUGGCUCGACUUCCCAGUAUCAGUAUGAUCCGUGGAUUUGGGCGCAACGCCCCAUCGGCCCCUGCGACCCCAGCUGCUAGGGAGCCGUUGAAGCCCGCAGACGGUGGAGAUUUAGGAACAGCAUUCCCCGAUAUCGUCCCAGCUCUUCCACCUAAAGAGAUUCCUAGAAUUGCUCCGCCCAACAAACGCUUCAUGGAGAUACAGACUCCUGGGGAGCUUAAGCUGGGUGAAGUUCUUGACUUACUACGAGAUUACCGUCGUUUGGCUGGCGCAUUGAAGGAUAUUGGUGCUUUUGAGACCAAGUGA